GGCCGGAUAUAAUGUUUCUAAACAGGAAGUGUGGCAGUUUACUACCGAACUGCGGGCGGGCGCCAUGGCGGCCUACGAGCAGGUCCAAAAGGGGCCCUUGAAGCUGAAAGGCGUCGCAGAGCUCGGCGUGACCAAGCGGAAGAAGAAAAAGAAGGACAAAGACAAGGCGAAACUCCUGGAAGCCAUGGGAACGAGCAAGAAGAACGAGGAGGAGAAGCGGCGCGGCCUGGACAAGCGGACCCCGGCCCAGGCGGCCUUCGAGAAGAUGCAGGAAAAGCGGCAAAUGGAAAGGAUCCUGAAGAAAGCCUCCAAAACCCACAAGCAAAGAGUGGAGGACUUCAACAGACACCUGGAUACACUCACAGAGCACUACGACAUUCCCAAAGUCAGCUGGACGAAGUAGCCUUCCCACCCAGAGUAUGGGUGCACCAAGGGGAACAGCAGGCCAGGUUGGGGUUAUGUGUGGUGCCUGUGGUAUUUUCUAGAAACACUCUACACACACCCUGCGUUUUCUGCUGAGACAGUGCUUUUAAAGCAGUGUGCCCUCAUUCUGGAACUUGAUUAAAGUAAGACUAUCCUUUUACUCUAUUUUAGUUUCUCAAUAGCACAUUGAAGAUGAAGCUUUUUAGUUCGGACUGGAAAUUAUUGAGAGUUUAUUCAGAGGUUAAGUGGAAGUGUUUUUACACCCAAGUUGCAUCUAACUCAUGUUGACAGUCCACCAGCUGUCUCUGCCUGGAGGAAACUGCCCCCAGAGGAGAAGGAGCUGCAAGUGCAGACCCUCAAGGGGCCCGGCAUGUGCUGCCCUUCCACGUUCCCUCUAGCUGGGGCUUAUGCGGUUCCAUCCAGGGCCUGGGGAGGCCAUUUGCCUGUGGCCUUCAGACUGCCUCAGCCCAGCUGGCCAGGGAGAAUAACCACCCAAGGCAAGGAUGGAAUGAACGCCUUGCCUCUUUUCUGAGCUGAGCUAGUGGCUGGCAUGCAGCCUGUUCCCCCAAUAUCCCUAUUCCAGACAUGUCAGGUGGGUGUUGCCAUGGUAGACAUUGCCAGUCAAGUACCACGUUCUUUGUAAUGGAACCCAGACACUGCCUCCUGCCUCACUACCUUCACCGCUGAGCUCCAGGCACAGUGUUUGUUCAGAGUUGGCACAUUCAUGGAACCUGUUUGGCAUUCCCGGCCUAAGGACGCCUCAGGGUAAUGGGACCAGGGCAGUGACACACACAGACAGACAUGGGUGCAGUCCCAGGGGAGGACCCAGGUUCCAGUGCUGCAGAGCCAGUGUCUUUGAGGGCCUGAUGUCCCCCCCACAUGAGGAUCGGACUGCACAUGCUACUGGAAGAAUAUGGUCUCUAUUGACAUACAUCUGAAAAAACAACAAAUUCAGAAGAAAAAAAUCUAAGUGUUGGGUUUGGGGCUGUCAUAUGUGAACUGCAGAAUAAAGCAAAACCAGUUAUUAAAUAUAA